AUGUUAACUGAAAAGAAACAAUCUUUUGCUGCGCUUUAUCCGUGGUACAGGUACAAGUCCAUAGCUAACAUUAAAAACCUUAAAACUUUAAAUAAUAAUAGUACAAAAUUGUCCCUCUAUGGCGAAUGUUCUUUCUGCUCGGUGAUUUUGAUACAAAAACCUUUUAAUUUAAAAAGACACGCGGAAUCUAGCUUGCAUAAGAAAAAUACCGAAAAGGUAAAAUUAAAUAAUAAAAUAGUAAACAAUGGAACAACCGAGCAAUGUGUAAACUCAAAGAAGAAUAAUGUGGAUUCAACUGAUAAGAUUGUUGAUGCUGAAGUCCCGUCUGGAGAUAAUGAUGAUGAAGAAUUGUCCAAGAUAAUGAAAAUGCAAGAGGCGAUGAAAGCCGGCAUUAAUCAAUUACUUGGAAAUUUUAGAAAAGAAAAGGAACAAUACAUCACAAAAGAAAAUCAAAUGAACGGUCAGGUGUGGUGUAAAGCUUGCGAAAGCUCUCUAUUCGAUACUUCGCAAGUCAUAGAAAGACAUUUUAAAACGCUAAAACACCAGGUUAACACCAAUAAACUUCCGGAAACAGUACUAUUUGAUCCAGAAGUGGCAACUUUACAACUUCAGAUAACAGCGUUAGUAGCCGAUAGUGAUCUUUCGUUUAUAUUCGGAGAGAAAUUGAUUAAGUUUUUGAAGCAAACAUCGCUUAACACGGAUACUUUUAACAAAAUGUGUUUGGAUAGAAAAACUAUUCCUGCAAUUAUGAAGAAACUUAUUGCUCCGGAAUAUAAGGAACGAUUGGGUAGGAUAUUAGAAGAGACAGACUUUUCAGUUAUGAUUGAUGAAUCAACAGACAUAAAUGAACAGUCUUUUCUUUGUAUAUUAGUACGCUAUGCUGAUCCUGAGUUGCAAAUAGUACAAGAUGUAGUAUGGGAUCUGAUUCCAGUUCAUGAAGGCAGUCCAGAUUGCCGAGGUACUGCUAAACACUUGGCUAAUGGAGUUAUUGCGAGUUUCAAUAUGAAACAGCGAGAUCAUGUCAUCAGUUUUUGUUCUGAUACAUGUAAUCUUAUGAUGGGACAAGAAGGUGGCGUACAAGCUAUAAUUAGAAAAACUUUUAUAAAUUGCUCAGUAGUAAAAUGUCAGUGUCAUGUCGAAAGUUUAAUAACUUCUCGAGUUAUGGAAGUUUUCCCUGAAGAAAUACGAAGAUUAAGCAGUUCUAUUCAUAAUUAUAUCGGUAACAGCUCUUUGCGAUCGUUUAUUUGGUCUUCUUUGCAAAAUGAAUUAGGAUUCAACAAUUUGCAAAUUGUUCGUCCUUGUAGUAUACGCUGGCUUUCUUUGUAUCAAGCAAUACUGCGUUUGUUGCGUAGAUGGCCGCAAUUGGUUUUAUUUUUUGAGAGCCAAGUUUCAAAGAAUGAAAAAAAAGGGGAACUGAUGGAAAUGAGAAAAUAUCUGCAAGCACGAUUCUUGAAGAUUUGCGAGACCCUUUGA